AGUUGUAUUUAAAUCUUUAUAGUGGGCAGUUCAUACUGGCAUCUUACUUAUAAAUACGCAUACGCCCAGACUAAACACACGUCCAAACAAAUAUGGCCGCCAUACGACCCUUGAGCGCAGAAAUGCAAAAAAUUGCCAUCGAACAGCUAAACGAGGUGCCCGAACGUGUGCCACAGGACAUAGCAGCGUUACGCGACUGGAUACGAAAACAACCACAUUUGCGCGCACGCACCGACGAUCAAUUUUUGGUGAGCUUUCUGCGUGGCUGCAAAUACAGUCUGGAGAAGGUCAAGUCAAAGAUAGAUCAUUUCUAUACGAUACGCACCAUGUUGCCCGGGAUGUUCGCGAAUAACACAAUAGAUGAUCCCAAGAAUUUGCUGAUCGUACGAUCGGGCGGCAUCGUAGCGCUACCGAAAACGCUAGGAGUCGGCGGUCCAGCCAUUGGCUUCUCACGCUAUAAAAUAUUAGAUGAUUUGGGAAUUACCGUUAAGGAUUUCUGCCGUUACACAGCUCUGGUGACGGACAAGAGUAUCGUCGAUACAGACGCUUUCGUAAUAGGCGGUUAUAUGGAAAUCGUUGAUGUUGAUAAAGUCGGCUUGGGUGCGAUGUCGAAACUUGAUCCGAUCACUGCCAAACAAUUCACCACCUACUGUGUCAAAGGCUCAGCUAUUCGUAUCAAAGGUGUACAUAUUAUAAAUGUACCCAAAGAUGGUUUAAGCGCUCUGAAAAUUAUACGAAAUCUCUUCCCAGCUCACAUCAAAGAAAGGUAUUUCAUACACAGUACUAUGGAGGAUUUGUACAAGCAUGUGCCCAAGGAAUAUCUACCAAUCGAAUAUGGUGGCACCAAUGGUUCACUGGCAGAACUGCCGGUGAAACAUGAGAAGGAAUUGAAGGCUUUUAAUAGCUAUUUUGAAGAAAAUGACAAAUAUGGUGUAGAUGAGAAUUUGAGGCAGGGGCAAAAGGCCGACAUGAAUUCGAUAUUUGGACUCGAAGGCAGCUUCCGAAAACUGGAAUAUGAUUAGUGACGUUGAGUAAAAAAUAAAGUGAUUUUUGAUGAAUUGUAAGAAUGCCAUUUGUACUUUUUACAUAAAUCAUUCAAACAAAAUAAAGUAGGGCCAUUUGUCUCACAGACAUUAAUUACUGCAAAUUGAA